GUUUUUCAUGAGGAAAACUGGUAGUUAGGAAUCAUUUAAGUGUCAAGGUCAGGAUGUCUUGGUAUAUCCGAAGAUUCGGUGUGAACACAUUUGGUGAACUGAUCAAAAAAGGCUGGAAUGAGCGACCAGAAAUAGUCUUGGGAACGGCUACGCUACUCGGUCUAGGUCUCCCAGCGGCUGCAUAUAAGGUCUGGGAGAGAACUAAAAAUCAAGAUUAUUAUGCCAUGUUCAAAGCAAAAUAUGUUGUUGUGAGGCCCGAUGAAGUUGACGAAAACAAGCCGAAAAAUUAUUACACUUAUUAA